AUGUACGAUGACUUCAUCACCAAGAACGCACACCAGGUGUCGCAGAUCGAGUCGACUCUGCGAUCCCUCACCUACAUCAUUCCCGGCCGUUUCCGCGACGCCGAGAUCGCCUCCGAGUCCAUCCACAGCGGCGUCCAGCUGCUAUCCCUCUACCACGACAUGCUGCUGCGGCGAGCCCACAAGCUCGCGAGGUUACCCCUGCCCCCGUCGCUCGCCCACCCGCCGUCGCCGCACGGGCGAUACACGCGUUUCUGGACGUUCAAGAGCGCCCUGUACCGCCGCGUCGCCUACGUGCUGCAGGUCGUCCAGUACGUCGAGCUGCUGUGCGAGAUGGCCGCCAAGCGCCGCGGCGAGCGCGUCCGCUGGCGCGUCGUCGUCCUGCUCGAGGCCGUCAAGGCCGUCUGCCGCCUGCUGCUGAUGCGCAUCACCCGCUCCCGGCCCCUCGUCACGCCCGUCCUGCCCGAGCGGGAGCCGAUCCCGGAGGAGCCGCCUGAGGAAGAAGAGGAGGUGUACCAGGGAGACGAACCCGGGCUCGGGGAGGACGACGAGGAUCGUCGGGGCGGGAGGACUGUCGAGGGGGCGCAGGGCGAGUCAUCUUCAUCAUCAUCACCACCACCGCCACAUGCGAAUGUGUCGGCGGACACUCCUUCCUCCUCAUCACAACCACAACGACAACAACAUCAACGGCAACUUGGCCCCCACGGCGAAUGGACCAUGUCGCGCACCGGCAUGAGCCUCCCAGCGCUGCCCGCGCCGGGCGACACGAGCGGGUACCUGCUGUCGCGGGUGCUCACGGCCGACGACAUCAAGCCAGCGCCCAAGCUGCUCAACCGGCUGCAGGGGCGGGCGCAGGCGGCCGAAGUGCUGCACAUCCUGGCGCCGCUCAUCUUCGCCGUGGCGCUGGCGCUGACGCGGACGCGGAGCGGCGAGUCGGCCAGCGGGGGGCCGAGUCGGGACCGGCGCCGGGCGUGGGUCCCCUGGCUGCUGGGCGUUGGCGCCGAGCUGGCCGCGCGCCAGCUGCGCGACCGCAGCCUCCGCACCACCCCCCUCGAGCGCGACGAGUGGAGCCGCCGCGCCUGGGCCAUGGGCUGGUGGGCCAUGCGCGGCGCUUUCUACGAGCACGUCACCAAGGGCCUCGUCGAGGGCGUCCGGCGCCGCAUGCCCGGCCUGCUGGCCGGCAUCCUGGAGGAUUACGAGUACCUGUGGGAGAACUACCACUUCAGCACGAGCUCAUGAUGAGCAUCAGGUGGGGAAAGAAGAAGAUGAAGAAGGAUGAUGACACAAGGACGGGGGGAUAUUACGGUGCUGGCGUCCGUGGCGGACACCUAGGAUCCUUCACCGCAAUGUAUGAUAACUAAUCUGGGCAUGUACACGACAUAUCACGGCACCGUUCUUCUACAUUUUGCACAUAUCUCG